UAUAUAAUGGCAUUUAUCAUUUCAACAGUGGCGAAAAGUAAUCGUUUAAGUGUUACCGGGAAUUGGUCAAUGUUGGGUUGACUGCAGCCAUGCUGUGUUUAUUGUCACAGAAUAAGAAAGGAAGUUAGAGCAUCGAAAUGUGAAGCUGGGCCAGCGAGAACAGCUUCAAACCGGUUUAAACGUCUGGCAACAAAAGCUGGAGCUCAUGAAGAACACUCCGCACAAUGAUGAAGACAGGGAUGUUGCAGACCAACACAUCCACUACCAUUCAUAUCGAUCACAGCGGUCAUCUCACAUUAUGACACAAUGAUAUGACUUUUAAAAUCAUAACACCGGAUUGUCCAAAGAGCCAGUUCAACAUCCUGAACUGAAUUUACAUCAUCAUCAUUUCCCGGUUGGGGAGGAACCCAGUGUAAACAUGAGCGCAGGAAACACAAAGCAAGCCCCGGAUGGUGGAUGGGGUUGGGCCAUUGUGGUUGCCUCUUUCAUGGGUCAGCUCCUGGCCUACGGCUCGCCUCAGUCCGUGGGGGUGCUUUACCCGGAAUGGCUGAACACCUUCCAGGAUGGCAAAGGCACUACAGCGUGGGUCGGCUCUCUCGUGUCUGGGGUCGGACUCAUUGCUAGUCCCAUCUGCAGUGCCUGUGUUGUGAACUUCGGGGCCAGACCCGUAACCAUCUUCAGCGGGGUCAUGGUCUCCGGAGGGCUUAUGCUUAGCGCUUUUGCACCCAAUGUUCAGUUUCUCAUAUUUUCCUAUGGGAUAGUUGUUGGACUAGGCUGUGGACUUGUUUACGCUGCUACUGUAACCAUCACUUGCCAAUAUUUUGACAAGAGACGCGGUCUUGCUCUCGGCAUUGUUACAACAGGUACAAGUAUUGGAGGUUUUCUCUACGCUACGGCGCAGAAUGAGUUCAUUGCACUCUUUGGACUCGACGGCUGCCUUUUGCUAAUUGGCUGUUUUGCACUAAACAUCAUCGCCUGUGCUGGACUCAUGAGACCACUGCACCUGCCGGCCUACUACCUGAAACAGAGAGCAGCGCUGGUCGAGAAGGCAGAGGAGAAGGUUCUGGAAAAGAGCCCUGUCGUGGAGGACCCCAUCAAGAAAAAACAGUCCGUCAACGUUCUCAUCACCGAAGAGACGAAAGAGCCUCCACCGUACGAGAAGAGCCUCCUGAGUUAUGUGGCGUUGGUGCGGCUUAUGAAGAAGAAACAGAAGGAGUACUUAGAAUACUUGAAGUCGACAGGGGAACUGCUUCAGAACAGGGUCUUCUCGGCCAUGUGCGUGUCUUUGUUUGCGUAUUGCCUGGGUGCGUACACUCCUCUUCUCUUCCUGGAGGAUUUGGCCCAGAACGAGGGUCUGGUCGAUGGCAUUAGCACCAUCCCGCUGGUCUCCAUCAUGGCAAUUGCUGCUGGAGUGGGGAAGCUGCUGCUGGGCAUCACGAUGGACAUCCGCUGGAUGAACAGCAUCUUUCUGUACACCUUCACCCUGCUGGGCUCAGGGGUGGCUCUUCUCAUUAUCCCCGUCACCAAGAACUACACUGGGCUGCAGGUCAUCUCAGCGGUGCUGGGCUUCUUUUCUGGAAACUGGUCCGUCAUACCCUACAUGACCACUAAGGUUGUGGGAAUGGAUCGUCUGACUGAAGCAUAUGGGAUCUUGAUGUUCUUUGGUGGAUUUAGUAUAAUGCUUGGACCACCUGUCGCAGGCUGGAUUCACGACUGGAUGCACUCCUAUGACCUGGCGUUCUACUUCAGCGGGAGCUUCGUGCUGCUGGGAGGAGCUGGCCUUUUUUUCUCGGCUUUGUCCUGUUGGAACAAGAACCCGGAUGAAACCAACACGCCAGACACAGAAUACACCAAUGACUAUGACAAAGUGGCAACAGUGGCCUGAAGCACGAACACAAGAUUAACUGCUGUACAGAAGAUGAAUUCUCACACUUUGUAAUAACAAACAAGCUGAAGCCUCUGAACAUGUCAGCUGGAUGUUUUUACUCGGCAUGUUACACUGACUGAAGAAUUCUAGCAAAUGAAGAAAGGACUGUGCUUAAGCUUGUGGCCUUGUUUUAGGAGGCUCUGGUCCUGCAUUCAGAACACUCUUCUAGAUUUGUUUUGUUUACUGUACGGAUCGGAGUAAAUGGAGAUGGGAGUCUUCAGAACCACAUGUCACCGAUCUUAGAGAAACAAUGUUUUCAAACAUCUCAAGUUUCAUGAGAUGACUGUUUUUUUCUUCUUCUUUCUUUCUAUAGACGUACAAGACUUCACUACACUAAACAGCAAAUUAAUGUCAUUUUUGUAUUUGAUUAAUAUUUCACAAUUUGAAAAACAUUCUUCAGUAUUUGGAUGGGUGAUAAUCAAUAUCUUGUGCUGUACCAAAGUUAUGAUUGUUGUUGAGUUAUUUAUUGUGUUUGAUUUGUGUGUCUGUAAAUGGUGUCUCCCCUGUUCAUAGGGGUCAGACAUGCAACACUAGACUAAUUGUGCUUUUAUGUUUAUGCCUUGUUUUUUUAUAAUAAAAAAAAAAAGUUGGAUUUCUUAGUGACAGACUAUUGUCUGUAGUUGAUUUAAAACCACAUGCUAUUAAGGAAUAUGUAUCUGUGAAAAUGCUGUCAGGUUGUUUUAUAGCAGUUUAGCCAUCUUUUAAUUUCUUUAUUUGUGUACUUUUUUUAAAUACCAGCUCCUAUUGACUGUUUU